AAAUUCUGUUUUCGCUGAGCCACAGCAAUAAUUAUCAAACACUACAGAAACUUUUCAUUACUGCUAAUUUAAACAGCUUCGCUGACAAACACCGUGGCGACCAGACUAAAGACUGUUUUUUCGCUUAGCGCAAUAAACGCCUCCAUCAAUAUUUAUCGCCUUCGACCAUAGACGCGUUUUGCGUUUCCUUCUUGUCCGCGUCGGGCUUCCGUACUGCAGAGAAACCAAGAAAUGUCAAAACUAGCGGCGUCCCACGACUCUUUGCAAUAAAACGCCAGAAUCAUUUCUGAAGAUUUUCAGGUUCAUGCCGAUGUGAGAGGAACAGUGACGACAUGGCUCAGCUGCAAAAGAGGUGAUGACAAUGCCGUAAAGUGGAGGCUCUUUCAAUGUGAGCGAACUUUAAGCAGCCGCAGUGUUCGCCCCAGUCAGGGAGGAUGUCCUCGUCCCACCGUCUCAGGGAUGUGGAGCAGCAGCGCCCCCUGCUGGACGGGCAGCAGGCGGCAGUGGACAGGGCUGCGCCCAGCGGCGCCAGGCAGCUCUGGUUUAUCCAGGACUGCUGCGGCAUGGUGUGCGCCUGCAUCACGUGGUUCCUGGUGUUGUACGCGGACUUUGUGGUCACCUUUGUCAUGCUGCUGCCCUCUCGGAGUUUCUGGUAUGCCGUGAUCAACGGGGUGGUGUUCAACAGCCUGGCCGUUCUGGCGCUGGCUUCCCACCUCCGCACGAUGCUGACCGACCCGGGAGCCGUUCCCAAGGGCAACGCCACUAAGAAGUACAUGGAGAGUCUGCAGCUGAAGCCGGGUGAGGUCGUGUACAAAUGUCCAAAAUGCUGCAGCAUCAAACCUGAGAGGGCUCAUCACUGCAGUAUCUGUAAACGCUGCAUCCGCAAGAUGGACCAUCACUGCCCCUGGGUCAACAACUGUGUUGGUGAGAAGAACCAGCGCUUCUUCGUCCUCUUCACAAUGUACGUCGCUGUCAUCUCAGGUCACGCUCUGGCUCUCUGUGGAUAUCAGUUCAUCACCUGCGUCCGGGUCCAGUGGAGCGAGUGCAGCGAUUUUUCUCCUCCGGUCACCAUGAUGCUGAUGAUCUUCCUCUGCAUGGAAGGCCUCCUCUUCCUCACCUUCACAGCCGUCAUGUUCAGCACUCAGCUACACUCCAUCUGCAACGAUGAGACGGAGAUCGAGCGUCUGAAAAACGAGAAGCCGACGUGGGAGCGUCAGACUCGCUGGGCCGGGCUGAGGUCGGUGUUCGGAGGCCAGCCGUCCAUGCAGUGGAUGAGCCCCUUUGUGGGACUCAAACUACCAACCUUGGCUGCCAGACGCACAUGGAGGGCUGGGGCAGAGUUCUCAGUCUGAGGAGCUGCUGUGAGGAUUAGACCACUGAGCUCUGACCCUCCUGAGAUCGGGAUUUCUAUGAGAUCUGCAACGUAGACGAGAAACUGAAGCUCCAAAUCUCAGUGAGACUCAACAAGUCACAUAGUAAAUUACAGCCUGACAGUUACUCCGUAUUCACCAAGUACUUGUACCACAGUCCAAACCAAACUGCUGCCAGAGAGUGUGAAGUGAAACACUUUGACCUGUGUGUUUAAAGGGGAACAACAGUAUUUGGUCCAGUUAGAGCCGGACCCGAACUGGGACCAGAUUCAGACAUGGUUUCAACAGAAGCCAAGCACCCAUUGUCUCUGUAGCUUCUCUUUAUGCUGAAAAGCACCACAGCGUUCUAUCAUCUGUUCAUCCUAAACUCUGCCUUUCUUUGUUCUGAGGUUCAACCUUUAACUGCACCAACAGCUUCAUUUUUACCUUGAGGAGAAAGAUCUGAAUCAGUCCAUGUCCUGAAGUGAACUGGACCGUUACUGCUGUGUGCCGUCAGUGAGGACGACACGAUUACUGCUUUUUAAAGAAUGUAUCUGAGUGAAUGUUGUACUUUAGUGUCACACUUGUUUGUGUUACUUCACUUCUCAGAGAUUCAAUAAACCUGUGAUUUCUA